AGCCUUUGGCGCUAUCGCAGUCCGCUCGGUGGCUUCGUUAGAAGGCGGAGUUCGGGUCAAUAAAGUCCUCCGUGAAGCACCGGAGGAGUCAGUCGUCGUUCUCUCUUUCACCGGAUCUAAGGAGUCUCUUUUAUUUGUCAUUUCCCGGCACGCCGCAGCGCGAAUCCUCCCGUUUCACCGUGCGCAAAGCGGACCGACCCGGUUAACGGUCCACCUGCGGUGUUCCGACUCACGACCCCGGCAGGCCGCUGUGGAGUUGAUGAUGAUGAUGAUGAUGAAGCGCCUCUGGCUGCUGUGCCUCUGCGCGCUGGUGACCGCGUACGGCCACAAGGCGUCCCAGGCCCCCUCCUACGCCGAGCGGGGCUCCGACCUUGGCAUGCGGGUGUUCCAGCAGGUGGCUCGCUCCAAGCCUCUGGAGAACGUGGUGCUCUCCCCCCACGGCGUGGCCUCCGUCCUGGGGAUGUUGCUGCCGGGGGCCCACGGAGACACUCGGAAGCAACUCCUCAACGGCCUCCGCUACAAGAAGAACGGCCCGUACAGGAUGUUGAAGAAGCUGCACAAGACCCUGACGGCCAAGUCCAACCAGGACGUGGUGCUGAUCGCCAACGCCAUGUUCAGCCAGGACGGCUUCCCCAUGGAGGAGGCCUUCGUGUCCGCCAACAAAGCCAACUUCCAAUGCGAGAGCCGCAGCCUGGACUUCGGCGACCCCCGCCGGGCGGCGGAUGAGAUCAACCAGUGGGUCGGCAAUAAGACCAAAGGUCACAUCCCCAGCUUGAUCAAAGCGGACAUGCUGGAUCCGGCUCUGACCCGUCUGGUCGCCGUGGACGCCAUCUACUUCAAAGGCUUGUGGAAGUCUCGCUUCCAGCCAGAGGACACCAAGAUGAGGGCCUUCACCGGGGGCAACGGGGAAGUCCUCAAAGUCCCGAUGAUGUCCCAACUGUCCGUCUUCAGCAUCGGGAUCGCUGCCACGCCUCAAGGCCUGAAAUACAAGGUGAUCGAGCUGCCGUAUCACGGCAACGCCGUCAGCAUGUUGAUUGUUCUGCCCUUGGAGGAGGACACGCCCCUUUCCAGCGUGAUCCCGCACAUCAGCACGGCCGCUGUGCACAACUGGACCAAACUGAUGAACGCCAGAAAAGUCCGCCUCCUCAUCCCAAAGUUCACAGCUGAUGCCGAGGUGGAUUUGGAAGCCUCCCUCUCAGCGCUGGGGAUCACGGACAUGUUCAUCGAGGGCAAAGCCGACUUCAGACACCUCAGCGCCGAGCCUGUCCACGUAUCCAAGGCUCUGCAGAAAGCCAAAGUGGUGGUGGACGAGGAUGGAACCAAAGCGGCAGCGGCCACUACUGCCAUCCUGCUGGCUCGGUCCUCCCCCCCCUGGGUGACGGUGGACAGACCUUUCCUCUUCCUCAUUAGACACACGCAAACAGGUACCGUCCUCUUCAUGGGCCAGAUCAACCAGCCGUGAGCCCACCCCCCCACUGGUUUGUCACUGGCAGCGUCGUACGCCAGCGCGGGAAAUGCUUCAUGCACACGGACACAAACUUUGCUGUAGACUUCUGUACAGUGCGGACAUGUGUUAUUUGUUUUAAAUGUUGCUUUUUUUAUGUCCCCCGUGUUCUUUAACGCAGGACAAGCCUCGUGAAAAGUUUUUGCUGACUAAAGUUUUCAGCUGUUAACAUUUUUUAUAUACCAUUUUUGAAGUUUACUUUUUUAAAAUACUUUGUCAGUUGUGUAUUUUUUCUCGACUCUGCAGUAGUAGAAUCCGUUUAUUUAUCGUGCCACUGUCAUGUUCUUGCACUCCAGUUUCUGUUACCAUACUUGCUUAUUUGAUUAUAUAAAUUCAUAUUUAUAACAGUGGUUUUACCUUAUUUUUAAUGAAAAAGCUUCAGGACAAUUAAUCCAAACCUUUGUUAGCAUCUAUAUAGUGCAAGUAUUCCCUGAAAUAAUGUAUUGCAUGUUGAAGAGGCAUCUGAUUUACCAGUUUGAGAAUAUCCAAGUAUAGAUUUUUACUUCUAGAACUUUAAACACUUGGUAUAUGCAAUUAAAGUGUCACGUUUUUCCUUUUUUUUGAUUCUCUCAAAUCAUUUCUAAAACUUCUGUCAAUAAAGCCACGUGAUUUGAAUUGUGAA